CGAUUACUCCGAAACCUUUCCCUGAUUCUACUCCAUUCUUCGUCCCUCUUACAGAAUACACCAGAAAGAAGAAGACCACUUCGCCACAACAGCGUCGCAUUCCUCCGGUCCCCCCCCCCGCCUUUGCUCUCUUUCUAUUCCUUCAUUGUCGUUAUUCUACUUCAAGCUUUCCCCGCCUCCUUCCUUACGGGCCCUGCGUUUCAUCGAUGAUCAUCCCGUGCCGGUACUAAAGUGCAGGGCAACGAUCUCUUGAAUUUGUCUUACCCAACCAACAUUCCUUAUUCGAUGGCGUACAACGGCUUCUCCAACAAUGGCGGCUCAUAUCCCCAAUAUCCCCACGCAAGCCAUCUGAAUGCCAACGAGAACCGCGCAUCUGCAUUCACGCCCCCGUACCCAGUGCAAUACCCAGCGCAAUAUGGGCCUGACCAAUCGAACAUCGCUCAGCCUCAAGUGCCUCCUCGGCCCUCCUCACCGGGAAACUAUUAUAACAAUCCGUCAUACGAUCCGAACGCAUGGCAGCAGCCACAGCAACAGCCGCCUGCCGGGAGGAUCAAUGAGGCUGUCAACUCUGCCUUCCGCCAAGCUGAGACCCCAGCGUACUUGUCUCCGGAUGUGGUGUCGCAGAUAACGGCAACUGUCAUACAGCAGCUGAAAGCAACGGGCUUGGACGGUCUACAUAGCGAACAACAACCGCCAGCGUCAUCGCCGCAAUGGGCACCUCCUCCUCCGCAAUCGACUGGCCCCACCUAUGGAGAACCGACAUAUCCCACCGCGGCGCCCCAAGCUGCUCCUCCACCACCUCCGCCCAAAGUUGGCCCCGAUCAUAGUGACUACCCGACGCCUGUACCACCAGCGGGGCGUCCGGUCAGCCCCCACCUAUACCCGGGCGCUUCUUCUGGACCCUCAACCGAUCGUCGCGGAUCACCUGCGAGUCAGGUUAGUGACCAUAACCAUACUGUGGAUUCUUCUCGACCAAAGCCACCAUCGCGAGAUGUUACAGUGACGGAGAUGACAACCUUGGAAAAGAUUUGGGGCAAGCUUUUUGUGAAAGGAAAGCCGACAGAAAGACUCGGUCAACUUCUACGUGGAGUGGCGGUCCAUCUGAUCGAGGACUAUCCACCCGGAAAUACGCUAGUUGUGACUCCUGAGAAAUUGCAAAAGUUCUACGAGGAUACGGCUGUAACUUCAGAUCCUUAUCCUUGGCAAGACAUCUUCGAUGAUCGUACAUCGUCAAUUUCAAGAUUGUUUCGCGAGGUGGAGGCAGAGCACCACCUCGUUCAAAACAAGCUGAAUGAAAGACCGGAUAUCCCAGGCUUGACUCCACGGGGAUUCGAGCGAUGGGCUACGCUAAUGAUUCAAGCUCACCCUGACAAGGAGUACGAACGCUUCCAAAAAGCUGUUCUAAAUAUGCCUAUCAACAAUCCCGACAAUCGAAGAGAACGGUUCCCGAAGGAGAUUCCACGGCGACUGUUUCCGAGCAUACCAGACUUAUCCCUGAGGGAAGAGGUCGAUCAGUUUAUCAUGCGACACUGUGGCGUCGACUUGCCGCCAAUCUCUGAGGAGGAAUUGAGACAUGUUGCCGAACAGCGUCACAAAAAGGCCGCGCACAAAGCGUCAGUGAGUUCAGUGGAAUCUACUCCGUCGCUAAGUGACCGCGAACGUCAGCCAUAUCAUACCUCGUCCGCAACUGCCUCGACGGCCGCCGUAGUUGACGAUGAUGAGGACCAAGAGGUGCCCUCUCGGCCGAUCGAGCGUCAAAGAAAGCCGUACACGGCACAACCCGGGGGUGGCAAGGUUUACGAGGAAGGAGGCUCCGGCCUUCAUCGUCACGCGGGUUCCACGACAAGCUCCGGCCCAAGAGACAGUCCCACUCUGUCUGCUACCCGUGUGGCAGACCAAACAUAUACCCAAGAUGCCCAUCACUACCGCGUUGAGACACCUAGUUCGCAGCGUCCAGCGACUGCUUUUGCACGGCCGCGCAGCCCGCGAAGCGGCAAUGGUGGAACUGACUACCGGCAUUCGGAGAGCGAUCUUUUGGCUCACAGCGGAAACACAAGAUAUCCGGGAGCAUCAGAUGGCGAGUAUUACUAUUCAUCAAACAGUUCCGCCCUUCCGGGCGAUAUCAUCGAGGACCGUCGUCGAUACAAGGACCUUGAUCCGGAGACCCAGGACCAGAGGCUCUAUGAAGCCAUCCGGGAGCGAGACAAGGAGAAGAAGCGGAGCAGCUGGGGUGGGGACGAAGAUUAUUAUCGCAGCAACCCAGUCAGCAGUACAGGCAGCGCAGGUUAUGAUUACAAGACGUAUGGCUACCGCUGAAGUUGGGGACGCUAUUUGUUUAUCGUCUUGCCGAUAGUUGUUUCUUUUAUGCGUUGCUUGGAAAAGAUAUCCAUUGUGCGUGCGUUUGUGUUGAUGUUUCAUUCUUUGUGUCUGUUAUCGAUAGCGCUGCGUGGGUUUAACGUCUGUUACGACAUGAUGAUAAUGCUUACGACUGACUGCCCGAAGUCCCUCGCCUUUGUGGGGGAUUAUUGUAUUACAUUCCUAGCCCUGUGUUGUCGGUCUGUAUUCGAGAAAACUGUAUCAAUAACAUUCUUCGGUAGUGUUCAGCCCUGGGU